UCUUUUUUAAAGCCCUAAUUCCCAAUUCUGCAAUUGUACGCUAUCUAUUCGUUCUCAAUCAAUUUGGGGGAAAUCAUCAAUACUGAUUUCUCUCCAAUCUUUAUCUUGAUAAACAAACAAGUAGAAAGAAAAGAGCAAGAAGAAUAAAAGAUGUCGUAUGACGAAGUUGAAAUUGAAGACAUGGAAUGGAACGAAGAACUCCAAGCAUAUACAUAUCCAUGUCCAUGCGGCGAUCUUUUUCAAAUCACAAAGGAUGAUCUUCGUCUUGGUGAAGAGAUUGCUCGUUGCCCUAGUUGUACUCUUUAUAUUACCGUCAUUUACAAUCUCGAAGAUUUUGCUGAUAAUAAGAAUAAUUCUAAAUUUCAGCCUCCUAAACAGCAACCUAUCAGCGUUGCUUGAAGAUUUUAACACCAAUUAGUAAUGAAAAUCGUUUUACGUUUAAUUGAUGUUAUUUGAAGUCUUUUAUGUUUGUAUUAUUAACUUUUUAGGGAUUUGGUUUUCAUUUGAAUGAAUUUUUGUAUCCUGAUCCGUUCUAGGUUUUUUGAUGUAGUUUUAUGAGUUGGAUUAUUGAAGAGAAUGUUCUAUUUUGGAAUUUUCUAUUCUAUAAAAAGUUUUUAUUAAUGUUUAAUC